AAACAGUACAACUUUUUCCUUUUUCCCCUUUUAUAUAUGUUAAAUCCUAAUUAUAUUAGUAUUAUUAUUAUUACCCAAAACUCAUACGAAGAACAAAUUCAUACAAAGAAGACGAGGAGCAGCCUUAAUUCAGUCGAUAUUCCUUUUGUUAGUUUUUCUCUACAGGGAAUAAAGGGGAGGGAAAGAAGAAGAUAUUGGGAUUGAAGCGGCCUGAUAAACGCCCUGCUGUCGGUAAGGGCGUUGAGGAGUUUGGUGGUGCUGGUGAUGGCGUUGGUGCUUUUACUGUUGGUGCCGUUCCGAGGGAGGCGAGGAUCAGUGGACAGGCCCAAGGAUGACAAGCAUGAGGUUACGCAUGCUUCUAUUCGGAAGGUUCCAGUGGUGAGAGUUCCCGCGACGGUUCCGUGGAGGUGCGGUGCGGCGGUGGCGGUGGACCAGGAUGUGGCGGCGAGGAGAGCCCUGGCGAUUGGUAGGGUGGUUCAGGAAGGUGGCGGUGGUGAGAAGUCAGUCAGGGAGUUUUCGCUGUUGACAACUUUGAGGGGCGACACUUUAUUCACGCAGUCGUGGACGCCGCUCAGGGUCAAGAUUAGGGGACUGAUUGUUCUUAUGCAUGGCCUGAAUGAACACAGUGGCAGAUACAGUGAUCUUGGAGAGCAGUUGAAUGCUAAUGGGUACAAGGUCUUUGGAAUGGAUUGGAUUGGACAUGGUGGAAGUGACGGGCUGCAUGCAUAUGUCCCUUCUCUUGAUUAUGCUGUUACUGACCUGCAAACAUUUCUCCAGAAGGUUUUGGCUGAAAAUCCAGGGCUUCCAUGCUUCUGCUUUGGGCAUUCAACAGGCGCUGCCAUUAUCCUAAAGGCAGUACUGGACCCAAAGAUUGAAGGCUGCAUAGAAGGCAUAGUGCUGACUUCACCUGCAGUUGGAGUAAAGCCCCCUCAUCCAAUUUUUACUGUACUGGCCCCAGUUGUCUCCUUUUUUAUUCCAAGAUUCCAAUGUCGUGCUGCAAAUAAGCAGGGCAUAUCUGUCUCUCGGGAUCCAGCAGCACUGCUUGCUAAGUAUUCUGAUCCACUAGUGUACACAGGAUCCAUCAGGGUUAAGACUGGUUAUGAAAUUCUUCGAAUCUCAACCUACUUGCAGCAGAAUCUGAGCAGAUUGAGAGUUCCCUUUCUUGUUCUUCAUGGUGCUGCGGAUAACGUAACCGACCCAGAAGCUUCUAAAACACUACACGAAGAAGCCGCCUCAACUGACAAAACAUUCAAGUUGUAUGAAGGGUUAUUACAUGAUCUCCUCUUCGAACCAGAACGUGAAGCUAUUAUGAAGGACAUAAUUGAGUGGCUGAAUUGUAGAGUAGACGGUUAGGUAGUGUUAAGGGAGAAAAACUUCAUUGUCCUCUCUAACUACAUAAACAAAAAAUUAGACAAAAAAUUGCUAUUUUAAAUUAGCCUGAAUCAUUCCACUGAAGUAAAUGCUACUAAAGUAAAAUAAAAAUGCUAUUUGGGUUUCCCUUAAUUUGGAAAA